AGCUUGCGAUCUCAAAGUUUAGGGUUUUAUCCAAUGAUUUUUGAUUAAAGGGAUAACAUAUAUCUGCGAGAGAGUUUAUUUACAAGGAGUGGUCAAUGACGUCACGCUGGAUGCAAACUGCAGAGCAAGGGUCACAGAGUCCAGCCGACUAUGUCUGAGUGAAAAACAACAUCUUCUGUCCUAUGGCCUUCUCUGUGCAAUGAAGAUUAUUCUCCAACCCUGGAAAACGGAUGUACCCACUUUCGAACAUUGGAUAACAACUCUGACUGAUACCCUGCACUUGGAAAAAAAAAGAUCAUUGUUUUACAGAGAGGAAAGUAAACAAACAGACUUGAAGUUAAGCAGCCUAUAGUGACAUGAUGAAAGAGGAUUCUCCACAACCAAAAAAGCUGUUAUUAAAUCAUUUUUUACCAUUAUUAAAGUCAAUCCUUUAUACUAGUAAAUAAUAGACCUGUAGAUAACUGCAGUACGUGGCUUUGUCCCAGCAUAAAAUUAGGUUGAUGCUCCUGUUACUACUUGAAACUAGCCUUUUAUAAUUUUAGCCUAUGUGCAUUUGUAUUCAUGUGCAUGAGUCCUUCACUGGACUGCUGGUCAUGCUGAUAACACCAAUCUGCCUGGGGUAAGUAAACACACAAACGAACAGACAGACAGAUAACACAUGCCAACGCACACUGGUUAGACGAGAGCCAUGAUCCUGACGGGUCGCAGUUUGUGUCUUCCUUCUCCAGGCACUGUUCAGGAACUGUUUUCUGUGGCUCGAGAUGCCAGCAUCAUUCCUGAUAUCUCCUUGGACCCGGUCCUCACCACCUUCUUGUCACUGGACUCCUCUGCAGCGUUGCAGCAUCAACAUGCCUUCAUACAGCGGAGCAUGAGCAGGGAGCAGCGGACUGAAUUCAGCCUGAGCCUGACCAGAGAGCUGGGAGGCAGCAGAGUAGUUACCUAUGGAGGAGUUGGGGUUGUUGCUCUAGCUCUGUCUUUGCUUUUUGACCAGAUUGCUCAACAAGUCCGAACAGAAGGAUCGACCGAGGGGGACCUGUCAACUCAGAGACCCCAGGAUGAGGAUAUUUUUGGCAUCAGCACAUCUUCAAGAAUUGGCAGGAUUAUCUAUAGCUACCUAUGCCUGAUCCCUGAGUUUGGUAACAAUGAGGAGAAGAUGGCUGAGACCACAGAGCUCUAUGACAGAUGGCUGAAACUUGAGCUAAUUGACCAUUUUGAGAGGAUGACCAAAAAGAAGAGAAUGAGUUCAGUGUCCAUGCAGCAGUGGCUGACAGGAGCUGCAUUUCAUCUGCACAUGAGAAUACACCAGGUGCGGCUGCACUCUGUGCCACUUGGAUCGGCAGAGUCGCUGCGUCUGUCUUAUAAGUCAGGGAUAGGUCUCCUGGUUCAGGGCUACACAGCCUAUCUACGCAGAAACACCAAGGAAACAGCUCCCGGUUCACAAAAACCCACAAUUGGGACCACCAGUCGACCAAGACAAACCAAGAAAUCCAAAAUGACCAAUAAGGCCUGCUCUGGUAAUCGCCUUUUUAAUGUUAGCCAGGUUAGUACAAGUAUCUCCACUGAUGGAUUAAAUAAGACAACUGCAACCAAUUCAACUGCUGACGGAAGCAGAAACUGUGAAACACAUGGAACCACAGAAGAGUUUGGAGUCAGUGUGUCAAAGGGAAGCAAUGAAACCACUGUAAGCAUGGGAAGCAUUAAGACACUCACCAAUGUGACAGAAUAUAACAGGGAGGAGGAAGCCAGCAUGCUGGGCCUGUUAGUCAUUGAGCCAGGAAGGAAUGUGAGUCACAACGUGCAGCAUCACCCCUGUGAGUCUCCAGCCAUACAGCAAGCUUUGGUGACUCGUGUUAUAAAUGCUCAGGACCUGGAGCGGAACAGAAACGUCUUCCUGUUCCCUGAGAAAGUUCUCCGCAGCCUGUGCAGGCAGAGGAAUGACAUUGAGUUCAAGGCAAGUUAGACUAGAAUAGUGUGCAGUUAAAGUUCCUCAAACUAAACAUUGUGCUCUUAUAUGGGACACAAUCAUCUGUUUCAUCUUUUAAAUUAUCAUUCAUAGCUGGCAUAAAAGUGAUUGUGAGAAUUCUUAAACUGGAUAUUGCAUAAUAUGGAGGUAAAAAUUAUUACAGGGUUGGACAGCAUUUAUUUUUAAUUUGCAGUUUUAUGAUUUAGUUGAAGUUCUUUUAAAAAAGGGAAAGAAAAACUCUACAUUGCUAAUGCAGUAUCUAACAUUCAUUAUAAAGAAUUGUAGGUGUAUACGACUUGCCCAAUUAUUUCUUCAAGUUGAAAGGAUUUUGACAAUAUGAAAACAGUGGACUGAGAGUGAUUUCUGCUGGAUGAGUUUCUAUCACAUGUUCCACACUUAUAUUGCUUCGGUUGCCAGAGGUUUGUUUGUUGCUGUCACCAUUUCUUACUUCAUGUGCUUUGAUUCAUUGUAAAUCUUUCCAUAAACUGUGAAAUAUAUUAAACUAUUUCAACUUAAAA